AAGCACUCCCGGCAGACGUCCGCGGACGCCCGCUGUUUUCACGCGCGCCCACCUUUGCGCACACGGUUACGCUAGGAAAAGGCAGCUGACAGUCUUGUUAUCGACGCGGCAGCUCAAAACCGCGCAUCAGCCCAGCCGCACGAGUUUUUGGCCCGCCGCGCCCAAGGCCGCCUCCGCCGCCUCCGCCGCGCCCAAGGCCGCCCCUCCGCCAUGGCUACCACUUACAAGCCGCGCGGCGCAGCGUCCGCGAAAACGCCGCCGCCGCGCGAUGCCCACAAAAAAACACGCAGGUACCUCAACACCGUCCGCUCGACGCUCGACGCCGCCCUCUGCCUGAGGAACUUCCCAUCGCAACUCGUAGAAAGGCACAACAAGCCCGAGGUCGAGGUACGCGGCAGCAAGGAGCUACUCCUCAACCCGAUCACGAUCGCGCGCACGGACCAGGAGCGGUGCCUCAUCGAGGGCUCGGUAAACUCGGUAAGGGUCUCGUUCGCGAUCAAGCAGGCCGACGAGAUCGAGAAGAUCCUCUGCCACAAGUUCACGCGCUUCCUGGCGCAGCGGUCCGAGCAGUUCGUGAUCAUGCGGCGGAAGCCGUGCCCGGGCUACUCGAUCUCGUUCCUCAUCACGCAUUCUCACCUGGAGCGGAUGUGGAAGGAGAAGCUCGUCGACUUCGUGAUCACCUUCAUGGAGGAGAUCAACAAGGAGAUCUCGGCGAUGCGCAUCGCGCUGAACGCGCGGGCGCGCGUCGUCGCGGAGACGUUCCUCCAGGACUUCGCGGCCUAGGAGUGAGGGGCGGUUGCCUAAGUAUGUGUGAAAAUA